UAUUUGCCCCUGGCCCUUGCAGUUGAUGAUCUGCCGCAAAAACCGUUUAUGGUUCAUCGCACGUGCUUUGAAGCUUUUUCUCCCGAGUCCGAGUGAUCGAGAGCCAGAGCAAGCGAAAAGGGACGUGUGUUUUGUUUCUUAAAUUCCGUGAUCUCGUCGGCAAGUGGUUCUGCUGAACAAAUCGCCACAGCUUGAAGAAGAAUAAAGCAGCCGUCGCGAUGUCCAUGUCGGCGUGUGGCUCUCGACCUUCCUCCGUCGUGCGCAUGUGCAGGCAUGUGUUUCUAUUACAGAUCCUGCUCGGCGCGUUUGUACUGACACACGCGCAGUCCAGCUGCCGCACUAACACACAUGACUUUGUCUGUGAUGGGCAACACUUACAACGUGUGCCAGCAGCUUUGCGCGGGGCAAACCCUUCAAGCGUGCUGACUGCAUCUUUAGCAAAUAACAGCAUAUCAUCUCUGGUCAAGUCUGACUUUAGUGGACUCGGCAACUUGAGGACAUUAAAUUUGGACAAUAACGCGAUCUCAAGCCCUCCGGAGGACGUGUUUGAAUGGCUAGUCCAACUCAAGUCACUGAGCAUGAACAAGAACCAGAUUACCAGUCUGGAAGCCGACGUGUUUAGCCCACUGCGUGACCUGGAGUACCUGUCCUUCAGUGGCAACAAACUUAACCAGCUCAAGCCUUCUCUGUUUCUCAACCUCCUGAACCUGAAACACCUGUCCUUUGCGGACAACGACGUGACACUUCUGCAAUACGGAACGUUCCUAAUGAACACUCAGCUCAGCUCUAUUUUAGCUAAGAACAACCGCAUGUACGCCAUUGCCAUCGGCUCGUUUGAAAACCUGCCCCGAGGCGCGACCAUUGACAUUCCUGGAGAUUAUCUCGAGGCUGCCCCGCGCGAUCUUUGCCCCGCACUAGAUUACCCGACCAAGGCCUUCAACUUUGUCUUCAACGACCACAGUGCCAAGUACUUCUUGAGAUCAUCCCCAGACUACAAAUGUGACCUACCGUGCUACUUAUGGCGUCCAUGGAGGUAUGACAUUUGCAACAACAGAUUCUGUGUUGGCACCGUGGGCAGCUUCCAGUGCAAACGUAUCUCCCGAUCACAAGUGACACACUACAGAUGUGAAGAGACAAGCUCAACGCUUACGAUGGACACUUCAUUUGACCACAGUUACAGUGAUGCCGCAAGGCAAUGUCGACAGAGAAACAAGCAGCUGGCCAGCGCACUCGAGUACACUUCCGGCUGUGUGACUCAUUUACUGGACAAAGUACGCCGCAACCAGGGCCUGAGCUAUCGGCCCGUGGCGUGGAUCGCACCCAAGUACCACAGUGAUCCGUAUGCAAGCAACGGCCUCACCUACUACGCUGAUCGCCAGCUGAAGCUCGUCUGCUCGGACCGCUCGUGAUGGCUGUCGAGCGCACCCCGUCUGCAAGGCUGCAUCCCACGCAGUGAUUCGCGUACGCAAUGGAGUACUCGUCCGGUGAAUGGCGUUAACCUGCGCGCGCAUCUCUUGUACUCUCUGUGACUGCAUAAUUCUAUAGCCCUCCUCCCCUGUCUUUUGGACUAGUAAAGUAACUUAAGUUUGCACAUCCGCGUUACCACCGGCUUACGAUUGUGUUGAGAAACACAACCAGCUUGGAGAAGUUUGGCUCGUGCCAGGCCACCAUCGUGUCUGAUUUUACCAGGGUGGCAGAUCCUGUGGCAAUGCAGUAGUAAUAUGCAUAGCCCGUGCAAGAGCGUACUUUACAACACAUCGCUUUCGCGGCUAUGCAACGUGUGUUGCUUGCGGCAGAGCACCACUCGACACGUGUCGUCGCUCCUAGGCAGUCACGCGACCGGUAUAUCGCGCCGCCGCAGGGCACGUGAACGCACCAACCGCCCGUCGGCGCGGCGUCCAGAUACAUGUACUGGAUACGCCAUCGAAGCCGAAGGAAGCGUUCAUGAACGACGUGCUCGUAGUCAGUCAUGCACUGCUCAGUGUAUAUCUCGCACGUUGCGUGGCACAAUGUGAUAUUGUACAACCCCGGCCACCAUUAAACUCCCCGGAUUAAUUUAUUUUCUCCAUUCAUUUUUUAAGAUAGGCCGUGCCCAAAAUUUUGGCAAAAUGCCCAUUGCAGCGAAGAGGCCAUAUUUGAGCUGAGGUAUUCUAAUGCUCAUUAUUUUUCAUAUUUGCCGGAGGUGGCUGCUGCUUCUACUGCUUCUUUCUCCGUUUUCUUGUACCACCAUGUCUGAAUUACAGGCAGUAGAAUGCCUUCUCACUAGACCAGGUCUAGUU